AUGAAACAAAUCAAUUUGUUUACUUUUUUCCUAGUUGGAAUGCCUGGAAUACAGUUAUUAGUUGUAAACGGGGAGGAAACUAGUAAGAAUACAACCACAUUUCCGAUUCAGAACUCAGAGGCAAUUGAAAUAAAAAGAACUUUUGCCGAAAGAAUUGCAAAGGCACAAGAGAUCUUCUCCGAUGGGGACUUCUUAAACUCAUACAUUGAUCCUGAUAAGGUGAAGACAUAUUACAGGGGAGUUUAUGAAACAGUAGUUGUCGAUGUUGGAGGAACACAUCUGAAGAUAAGUAAAGUUUUCAUUGAUUCUAGCCUGCCCAAAAGAGAAGGCGCUCUGUCCUUUGAUGGUGCAAUGGAAUGUAUUCCAUCUUUUUACAGGUAUCCAGACACUUCUAAUCUUCAGAACGAAGAUAAAAUAACCUGGAACGAUUGGGUUGCAGAGAGGAUGGUUGAGUUCUAUGGCCAAGACCUUCCAAAAAAGAAGAUUAAUGCAUCUUUGACAUUUUCGUAUCCUCUUUUCCAAACAUCGAUUAGCAAUGCAAAAAUGGAGAGAGCUACAAAGAACUUCUGCUUCCGGAUCGAUGACCACACAUUUGAUGAGGAUGUGGUUGAGGCUCUUAACACUUCAUUGAGAAACAGGAAUGUCAAUGUUCAUGUUAGCUGUGUCAUCAAUGACUCUACAGCAACAUAUAUGGCAGGGGCGCUUCGGGGAUAUGACAACAUAAUCGGGAUUGUUCUGGGGACGGGAACCAACUCUUCUUUCUGUGUGAAGAAGAACGGAACAGACAGUGUGACACUCUAUAACUCUGAAUGGGGAUCUACAAGUGUACCAAGAAGUAUGCUAACAGAAGCCGACCUUGCCGUUAUUACAGACCUGGAAACCAAAAAGAUUUCGUAUAGCAUCAUUGAUGUUUUGGUGGGGGGCUGUAAACUCAACGACAUGAUCCUAAACAGUCUUAAAACUCUACAUCCAGAGCUGUAUGAAAAAUAUAUAGACUGUGAGGAGGAAUUAUCUUUAGCCAUCAGUUUAGCUAUCAAAAGACAGAAUGAAGGUAUAUUGAAGGAAGACGUCGAUUUGUCACAAACAUUGGCUUCCAUAAUUAACGAUUUUAAUGCCAGAGGAAUGAAGAUACUGGCAUCCUUGGUAAGUGCCGUAAUUGAAUCUUGUAUGAAAGAUAUGCAGUAUGUCACACUGAUUCUGAAUGGAACAACCUUUUCCUACGAAGACCUUCGGAGGGCCCUCAAAGAAAAUGUAAAGGAAAUACAUCCAAACAUCGACAUAAGACUGGAGUUCCUUGGAAACGCUUCCCUAGAAGGUGCUGCAUUUGUGUCUCUCAUGAGUUCUGAUAAUUCUAAUCCUGAAAGACUAUAG